ACCGUGGGGACAUGUAGGAUCCUUAGCGUACUUGCGGAAAACAUUAAGUACCUAAGAAUGUAGACUUAAUAACCUAUGUUCUAGACGGUAGACAGUAGGGUACAUGCCCUUCUAGUCCGUCAGGUCUAACAAUGUAAUAUCAUCAUUACGUACGUAAGUCUCCAGCCUCAGUUACAACAAAGAGAUGACACUUGCUUCCUAUAACUUAAUUGCAGUGACGACUCCUGCCUUACAACAAUAAUAGUACCUAUGCAUUUAUGACAUUUAAGAAAAAUUAUAUGUUUUUUAAAAUUUGUGUUAAUAGUUAAUAACAGGCGUUCCUUCCUCGUGGUCCGAAGGUUGUUUGUCAACCACGCCAUGAACUUGGCGACCCCGUUGUAUGGAGUGGAAUUAGUGCGAGGCGUAUGUACACAGAGGAAAAUGUUCAUAUAAAUCGCGUGCACUUUAGUGCGGUACGAGUGGAGGCGCGCGCGCGCACCAUGCUCCUCACUUACUGACUCCUCGUUCUACACGUACAUUUGUUACUAGUGAUAAAAUAAAGUGACAAAAUGUUUGUGUGGUUGUUACUUUUGGUUUUUGUGCUGUGGAUGAUCGUUCAGUGGGCUAGAAGGAGACACAUGGUUAAACUGGCUGCAGCUCUUCCAGGACCUAAGAAUGAACUGCCUGGACUUGGCAUUGCACACAAGUUCAUGGGUGAUACUGAAGCUAUCAUGCAUCAGCUGCAACUCUUCAGUUAUGAGAGCAUGGAGAAAAAUGGCGUCCUGAGAGGCUGGUUGGCAAACACGCUAUUCUUUAUCGUGGUCAAUCCCGUCGAUCUCGAGAUGGUGCUGAAGACUUGUCUGGAGAAGGACGAUCUUCACAGGUUCAUCAGGAAAAUUAUAGGGAAUGGAGGAAUAUUCGCUCCAGUGUCCAUCUGGCGUCGUCGUAGAAAGAUCCUUGUGCCAGCCUUCAGCCCUAAAAUAGUAGAGAACUUUGUCCAUGUGUUCGCGGAACAGAGUGAGAAGUUAGUGAGGCAACUCUCAUCUCGAUGUAAUGGCAAAGAAAAGUUUCAGGCCUGGCCGUAUCUUAGCACAUACACCCUGGAUUCUGUUUGUGAAACGACAAUAGGAGUGAAAAUUAACGCACAAGAGAAUCCAGACUCACCCUUCCUAAGAGCGAUGUGUGAUAUCCUGAACUUGAUUUGUAAGAGAAUAUUCCACUUGUGGCUGCAACCAGAUUGGCUGUUCAGGAUGUUCCCGAUGUACAAGAAACACCAAGAGUGCAUACACGCCAUGCAUAAUUUCACAGACCGGGUAAUCGAAAGCAAAAGAGAAGAAUUGAAAAGAGAAAGCAAGUCCAAAACAGAGGUUGACAAUGAGUUUGAUUUAGGUGCGUACAAGAAACAAACAUUCCUAGAUAUACUGAUACACUUAUCUGGUGGUGAAAAUGGAUAUUCCAAUGUAGAAUUGAGAGAGGAAGUGUUAACCCUUACUGUUGCUGGUACUGAUACCUCUGCUGUUGCCAUUGGCUUCACUCUCCAGCUGCUGGGGAAAUAUCCUGAGAUCCAGGAUAAAGUAUAUCAAGAAUUAUGUGAAGUAUUUGAAGAUGAUAGAAUGUUAGUCAAAGAAGAUUUAAUGAAGUUGAAAUAUCUAGAGAGAGUAGUCAAGGAGUCUUUGCGGCUGUUCCCUCCCGUGCCACUUAUUAUAAGGAAAGUCUUAGAAGAUAUUACGUUGCCGUCUGGUCGUGUCCUACCAGCUGGUUCAGGCGUCGCGUGCUCAAUAUGGGGUGUCCACAGAGACCCCAAGUACUGGGGUCCAGACGCUGAGAAAUUUGACCCCGACAGGUUCUUGCCAGAACGAUUUAAUCUAGAACAUGCUUGCAGUUACAUGCCCUUCAGUAAUGGGCCUAGGAACUGCGUUGGUUAUCAGUACGCAUUAAUGUCAAUAAAGACGGCUUUAUCAACAAUAUUGCGGAAAUAUAGGGUUAUUAUGGACACCGAGGAGAGCCCUAACCCUUACAUCAGAGUCAAAAUAGAUAUAAUGAUGAAGGCAGUCGAUGGAUACGAACUGAGACUCGAAAAAAGAGAACAGGAUCACCAACUAUGACGUUUCAAAAGAGAGGGAAAAAUGACAUCACGUUUUUCAUAAGUAAAACCUAACUUUUUAUGUAUUGCGUUAUAGUAUAUACAGCCAGGUUAAUAUGGUUAUUUACUAUUAGAGAUUAAAUGAAUUUUAAUUAAAAUA